CGCCGACAGAGAAAAAAAAAACCUCGACACCAGCUCGCCCACGGAGGUUUCGCCCACGGUCGUUGACGCACUUCGGCCUUUCUCCUUCUUUUCUCCUCCUCGCUGUCCAUCAAUUAAUAUUGAAGCAGCUGAGAGUCGCGGCCGCCCACCAUGACGCUUUUUAUUCUUACCGAAACCAGCGCGGGAUAUGCCCUGCUUAAAGCGAAGGACAAGAAGCUCCUCAAGAGAGAUGACCUGACUACUGAGGCUUCCACUGCUGAGGGUGUCUCGAAUCUGUUGAAAUUGAAGAGUUUCCAGAAGUUCGACAGCGCUGCUACAGCUUUGGAAGAAGUUGCUUCGCUCGUUGAAGGAAAGGUCACUCCUCGCCUGGCCGGUCUUCUCGACGAGAUCAAGGAUGAGAAGAAGGUUUCUUUGGCUGUUGCCGACCCCAAGCUCGGAAAUGCCAUUGGCAAGCUUCCUGGCCUCGACGUGCAAUGUAUUGCCGACUCGACCACCGCAGACGUCUACCGUGCGAUCCGCGAACAUCUGCCCACAUUGAUUCCUGGUCUCCUUCCCCAGGACAUGUCUACCAUGUCUCUGGGUCUGUCUCACUCCCUCGCCAGACACAAGCUCAAGUUCUCCCCCGACAAGAUUGACACUAUGAUUGUCCAGGCCAUUGGUCUUCUUGAUGACUUGGAUAAGGAGCUGAACACCUAUGCCAUGCGUGUGAAGGAAUGGUACGGAUGGCACUUCCCCGAAUUGGCCAAGAUCCUUAACGACAACAUCGCCUACGCCAGACUUGUCCUGAAGAUGGGCAUGCGAUCCAACUGGGAAACUUCGGAUCUUGCUGAGAUCCUCCCCGAGGAGCUCGAGGGCGUUGUCAAGGCCGCCGCUGACCGAUCCAUGGGUACCGAGAUCAGUGAAGAGGAUUUGGAGAACAUCCAAGCUCUGGCCGAGCAGGUUGUUGGUUUCGCCGAGUACCGUCAGCAGCUCGCCGGUUACUUGACCUCCCGUAUGAACGCUAUUGCGCCUAACCUGACUGCCCUGGUUGGCGACCUUGUUGGCGCUCGUCUCAUCGCUCACGCCGGAAGCUUGACCAACCUGUCCAAGAGCCCCGCCAGUACCAUUCAGAUUCUCGGAGCCGAGAAGGCUCUGUUCCGUGCAUUGAAGACCAAGCACGACACUCCCAAGUACGGUCUUAUCUACCACGCCUCCCUGAUUGGUCAGGCCACUGGCAAGAACAAGGGUAAGAUGGCAAGAAUUUUGGCUGCCAAGGCUUCCCUUGGUCUCCGUGUGGAUGCCCUCGCUGAGUGGGACGACGAUGCUACGGAGGAGGACAAGGCUGCUCUGGGUACCGAGGCUAGAUACAACCUUGAGCGGAAGUUGGCUGGUAUGGAGGGCAAGCCCCUCAAGCCCCGCGGUGUCGCCAUUGCACCCAACGGCCAGCCCGGCAAGUUUGAAAUGAACGAGGCUAGACAAUACAACGCCGAUGCCGAUGCCGUUGCUGAGGAAGAGCCUGCAUCUGCCAAGAAGAGCAAGAAGGACAAGAAGUUGAUCGAGGAGGUUCAGGAUGAGGAGAUGGCCGACGCUGACUCCGACGACGAUGAAGACUCGUCCGAAGAUGAGUCGAGCAAGAAGAAGAAGUCCAAGAAGAGCAAGGACUCCGACAUUGAGAAGCUCGCAGAGAAGGCUGGCCUCAGCGUUAAGCGAUACCAGCGCAAGCUUGAGCGAGGUGAAAUCACAUUUGACGCUGAGGGUAACCCCUCUUCUGUCAGCAAGAAGGACCUGAAGAAGGCCAAGAAGGAAGAGAAGAAGUCUUCCAAGGGCGAUGACAAGAAGCGCAAGAGGUCGGACGAGGACGCAACCGACAAGAAGAAGAAGAAGAAGAAGAGCGAUGAGUAGAUGUUCAAAAGUUUGCUUCAUGAAUUGCUUCAAUUAUGUAUGAUAUCAUACUUUUGUGGGUUGAAUUUUUUUCUUAUUUUCGCUUCAGAGUGCAUGUUUGGGUGGCAUUUAAAAGAUGAGAUUUACUCGUCUAUCCAUGGCGCAGAGGUGCUUGUUGGUAUAAGGCAGUACAGUGUUUAGCAAUAAUAUGUUCAUAUUCAAUUUUCCUCUGUAGCCAACAGCAUAACUAGGAUGGCUAGUACUUCAAAUACAGCAAGCACUCUUGGAAGUUCUAUAAAAUUGCCU